AUGGAUGAAAAACUGAAAGCCUUGCUCGAUGGAUCAGGCCAGUUUGUGUCAGGCCAAAGAGCUCACCAAGACCAAAUCACUUGGAAGGCAUCUGACGGGUUUCAUUUCAUUGAUAGAUUCCAUCUGGCUAAUGGAGACUACGAAUACACCAGCUCAGUGAGAGCAGUUGAGGCUUUCGAGAAAGGCGAUGCGGAACGAGCCUCUGUGCUCUUAGCCAAAGUCCCUCAUCACACAUUGAUCUGGACUGCCAUCACCACUGGCGCGCCCGCGGCCCUGCGAGGAGCACUUGAUAGUUCCAAAGAUCUCUCAUGGCUCCAAAUCGUACCUGACCACAUCCUUUACAAGCGCAAGAAAACCGAGGGCUGGUCCAGCUGGAACGGAAAAGACUUGAGAAAGUCACGAGAGGGCGGAUGGAAAGGAGAAUGCCCUCCUAGCUUUGUCGUCAUGCUGAGAGUCAGCAUGCUGGAUGCCAGCAUCAUGGUGUUUGCGACUCUCGCGGACUGGAUAGACCGGCAGGCAGAGAAACAGCUCUAUGCCCGGCAGUUAUGGCAGGCUGGAGGUUUCAUCAUUCCAACACUCUCUUCCCGAUUGGUAGCAUCAGGAGCCCCGAUAGACUGUGAUGUGUGGGAAGAUGGCACAACUGGCCUCCAUGUUGCAAGCUCUUUCUGGAUGCAUGAUGCCAUCCAAAGCUUGGUGCAGAAUGGUGCAGAUCCUACAAGGCUUACUCCCAAGGGCUACAACGCACUUCACUGUUUCUUCCAGCAUACAAAACUCCCACGGGAAACCUAUGAGUCAAACCUUGAAGGGGAACAAGGUACUUACUUCUUCAACAAGGCUCGAAUUAACAAGUCAAUUGAUGCCAUCACUACGGGCAAUUUCACCAAGGAAUCGCUCCUCAGCCGGCAAUGCCAUGAGGGCUUCACACCUCUUAUGUGCGGAGUGCGAUCGACCAGAUCAUCUGGUACAGCGAUAAAGCGCAUCCUGGACCACGGUGCGGCUCCAGACAAAAUAGAUGAAAAAGGUCGUACUGCGCUCAUGUACUUCUUUUUCGAUGGCGAGGAAUUUGUGGACAAGGACACUUCUAUUCUUAAACAUCUGCUGCACGCUGGCGCAAGUCCUCUUACCUUGGAUAUGUCAGGAAACUCCGCGCUGAGCUAUUGGGCUGUUACCACUGCUUCGGUGAAUCUGGAUUAUCUUUCCGCUGGGUUCAACACCUACAACAAGAGUUUUCAUGCCCUUGCAAACUACGGAACGCUGUCAUUCCAAAAUCUUGCAGCAGAGCUGAAUAGGAUCAAAGUUCCGCUUGUGAUUGCUUCUCGGCUCGGCAACGUUCAGCUAUGCUCAGCUCUGCUUGCUGGAGGGGCGGAUCCAAACCAAAAGGGUGACGCAUAUGCUUCGUUCUUCCGUGGCCUCAGAGGAAAUAAUCCUGAUGAAGAGCCUGAAGAGAACGAGAGCACUGUGGAAUGGAAUCCGCUGCUGACCGCACUGCAAUGUCGGGCGUAUAAGACUGCUGCAAUGCUCAUCGACCACGGCGCUGACAUUAACUUCGAAUUGCAGAAACGCAAGAGACGCAGACACAAUUAUUAUUACUUUGUACAGGGAGGGGGCACACCUCUUCAUCUUGCAAUUGCCGGCCGAGAAAAGAAUUGGGCUAGUGUUCGCAACCGACCGAACCUCUCCCGGGACGGCGGUGACAACCAAGCCUGUUUUUUCCGUGGAGCAGUGAGCCAUGAAAGGGAUGAGGCUUUGAAGAUGCUUGUUCUCAUGCAAAUGCAGUAUUAUAAGGACCCUCGUGACCAGGACGAGGAAGAUUCAGAUCCUGAGUGCGAGAUAAGACGGCAGAUGUACUCAAAUGAUAGUCGAGGUGCAAAUCUACUGCCAUAUGAUCGAACCCAGCAAGGUUUGAGUGUCCCUGCAAACAAAUGUCUUGCUGAAAUCGUGACUGGGACUUCCUCAUUAGAGCAACAACAAGAGGCUCUGAAUCUCUUGAACAUUGUGGAGAUUCUUUUGGAAUACGGCGCGGAUCCGAAUGUUGCAGAGGUUGGAGGUGUUACUCCUUUAAUGGCGGCUGCGAUGCACAAUAAACCUGCCAUUGUUGAACGUUCGAGUCAUGCAACCUGCGAUGGUCCGUAUACUGCAUUGGCACUGGCUGUGGCGUGGGAAUACAAAGAGGUUGUCGAGCUUCUACUCAAGCACGGCGCCGAUCCAAAUCUGAAGAUUACGCACCACGCCCAUGGAAGACUACCGACGAAGCAGGACAUGAAGCGGAGGAAAGACUCGCCGAGUUCGUCGGAUGACGAGUCGGAAUCAGAGCCAGAGGAAUGGAAAGGGUACGUUUCCGUCGGUACUGCUCUCACAUGGGCCAAGGCGGAAAUACGCGAUAUGCUUCUGAGUCACGGCGCAAGACCAGGAGAGGGAGAUGUCACAAGAGAAUGCGGCUGCAUCAUCGAACCACAGCCCGAGCGUCUCCCAUGGGUGUUUACAGAUGAUGAGGAGAUAGAAGAAGACUAG